AUGAUUUGUGCAUUAGUGUCCACAUUGGAGCACUUUUUGAAUAGUUUGAUUUUUGUGAUAUUUGAGGGAAUAGAAAAUAUUCUUUUAAGUUCUUUAUACAAAUUUAGAAGUUGUGAAAAUAUAGGUGAUAAUACAAUUAAAAUUGUGCUUAUGAGUUUUUGGACUAUGAUCUCUAUUUUAAUUCAGUCUAUCGUACUGUUGAAGCUGCAAGUAAAAUAUACUUUAAAAAUAAACCAUCCAAAUUGAAGAUCUUUGCUAAAAAUCCAAAGGUAGGGUUUGGUGGAGUAUUAAUUAAAGUGUUGACCAAUUACCUUGAAAUUUUUAAAACCAUAUCAAAAUUUUAAUUGUAAUUGCCAAGUGUAAUUUAGUCUAGAAUUCGUUCUGUUAGCAAUCCUGUAGAAUCAAUGAGUUUAUCAUUCGAUUGCUUCUUAAUUAGCAUAUCAAAUUUUGAUAUAAUUUACUUGAGAAUGAUAUGGGCUCUAAUUAUGCCCAUUUUAUAUAUUAUCAGCUUUUUACUGUUAUACACGAUAUGGAUUUUGAUUAGUCUAACUAAAGCUAAUAAGAGUGCCAUAACAACAAGCGCUAUAUAUUUAUUUACAUAUUUAUAGCCUAUUCUAUAAGGAGGGUUUAUCUCAUUAUUGUCUUUUAGGAAAAUCUCAAAUAUCUAUUGGAUUCAAGGAAAUGUUGCUUGUAGAUAUAAUACUCAAUCCCAUUUUAAUUGGAUGAUAACAUUUAUUUUACCUUUUACUCUUUAUCUCGAUGCAGUAAUUUCGAUUUAAAAGUUUUUAAGUCUAUUUUAAAAGAGAAAUAAAUUGACAGAUAGUGGACUAGAAAGAUUUGGGGUUAUUUGUAUAAUGAAUAUUCUCAAUAGGCCUACUUUUGGGAGAUUGUCAAAAUUCUUGAAAAAGGAUUCAUGAUUGUUUUUUUGACCUUUUAUGAAGAUUUAUUUAUCAUAAAAGCAGCCAUGAUCUUUAUUAUAACAUUCAUCUAUUUAAAUAUGAUUGAUGAAAUCAGCACACUAGUUUGUGAAACUUCAAUUUUUCUGGGUAUGACUUUAUACUCAGCUUCAUUUUCUGAUAAUCAAGAAAUAAUUUAGCCUUUCUAUAUAAUUUUGCUUAGGAUCAAUAUUACCUUUAUAAUUAUCAUUCUUUCGGAAAUCGUACUAGCUUAUUUGGAAGAUUAAAUAAGAGAAUAUUGAUAAGAUUAGAGAAAGAAUAGAUAAAAAGUUUCCAACAUUAUAGCAAAUGAAUUGGCUCUUUAGUAGAAUACUUACUAACACGGAGAACAGUAAUAAAGAGUAAGAGAUCGAUUUUAAAAGAUUAGAUAAUAUCUGAUGAAAAUGUAAGGGAUAAUCCUGGUAGAUAGUAUUUUCCAAGUAUUUAGUAAUGUAAUAAUACACCUAUUGAAGAAAAUCAAGAUGAGAAUAUAAUUGAAUUUUUAGCAUAUUUAAACUUGCCAUUUGAUUCAAAUAAAGAGAAACCUAAAAUAAUAUUGAUUAAACAAGUAAAACGAAAGUCUAUCCAAAGUUACCAGAUAUUAACAGAAUUAAUUAGUUAUAAUAGUAGGAUUAUAAAAUAAUGA